AUGAGCGGUAGCUUCAUUCCCGUCACGCCGUCGUUGCUGUCGUCGUUUGGGAACGAGGCGGAGGCCGCCUCUCCCCUGUGCCAUCUUCCCCGGCACAGCAGGGUCCUGGUGUCCACCCUUAGCUUCGUGGACACCAGGAUGUGGUGGUCACGACCAGCCUGUGACCACCCCCGUGUCUCCACAGAGCCCCCGCAGCAGAGAAAGGGGAGGAAGGGAACUUCUCCAAAGCUUCGCACCUUGGCCAGAGGUUUGUCUCCUGCAUACCUGAGGUUUGGUGGCACCAAGACAGACUUUCUGAUUUUUGAUCCCGAGAAGGAACCAACUUUUGAAGAGAGAAGUUACUGGCAAUCUCAAGUCAAUCAGGAUAUUUGCAAAUCCGGACCCAUCCCUUCCGCUGUGCGUGAGAAGUUAGAGCUGGAAUGGCCCUCCCAGGAGCAAUUGCUGCUCAGAGAACAAUAUCAGAAAAAGUUCAAGAACAGCACCUACUCACGAAGCUCCGUGGAUAUGCUGUACACUUUUGCAAAUUGCUCAGGACUGGACUUGAUCUUUGGUCUAAAUGCAUUACUAAGAACAGCAGAUUUGCAGUGGAACAGUUCAAAUGCCCAGUUGCUCCUGGACUACUGCUCUUCCAAGAAUUAUAACAUUUCUUGGGAACUAGGCAAUGGCAGCUACUAUUUGAAUGGACGAAUUGCUACCAAAGAAGAUUUUCUAAACCCUGAUGUGUUGGACACUUUUAUUUCAUCUGUGCAAAAAAUUUUUCAGGUGGUGGAGGAGACCAGGCCCAGCAAGAAGGUCUGGUUGGGAGAGACGAGCUCCGCGUACGGGGGCGGGGCGCCCUUGCUGUCCAACACCUUCGCAGCCGGCUUUAUGUGGCUGGACAAACUGGGCCUGUCGGCCCGGAUGGGCAUCGAAGUGGUGAUGCGGCAGGUGUUCUUUGGAGCCGGAAACUACCACCUAGUGGAUGAAAACUUCGAACCUUUACCUGAUUAUUGGCUGUCUCUUCUGUUCAAGAAAUUGGUGGGCACCAACGUGCUCAUGGCGAGUGUGAAAGGUCAAGCCGGAAGCAAACUUCGCGUAUACCUUCACUGCACAAACGUCAACCAAAGGUAUAAAGAAGGAGAUUUAACUCUGUAUGCCAUAAACCUCCAUAAUGUCACCAAGCACCUGCAGUUACCCUAUUAUUUAUUUAACAAACAAGUGGAUAAAUACCUCGUAAAACCUUCAGGACUUGAUGGAUUACUUUCCAAAUCUGUCCAACUCAAUGGUCAGACUCUGAGGAUGGUGGAUGAUCAAACCCUGCCCACCUUGACGGAAAAACCUCUGCGCCCAGGAAGUUCCCUGGGCUUGCCAGCUUUCUCAUAUGGAUUUUUUGUGAUAAGAAAUGCCAAAGUGGCUGCUUGCAUCUGAAAAUGAAAGUUCUUGUUUCAGUUGGGAAGCUUUGGGCUGCAAGUAACAGAAAACGCUGAUUCAAG